CACUCCGUGAUGCCCGGGGACCAGGGGGCGCCUGCCUCUCCCCAGGCGGCCGGGAGCGCCCCGGACAGGGUGCCGUCGGGGCCCGCGGCCGGCCCCUCGCCCCAGCUCGCGGCCCCGCGGGAGCCCCCGGCCCCUCGGCGGGGCGCGCUCCGCGCCAGCGUCCCGCAGAAGCUGGCCGAGGCGCUGAGCAGCCAGUACGGGCUGAUCGUGUUCGCGGCUGGGCUGCUGCUCCUGCUGGCCUGGGCCGUGCACGCCUCGGGCGUGGGCAAGAGCGACCUGCUGUGCGUCCUCACGGCGCUCAUGCUGCUGCAGCUGCUCUGGAUGCUGUGGUACGUGGGCCGCAGCGCCGCGCACCGCCGCCUCCUCCGCCCCAAGGACACGCACGCCGGCGCGCGCUGGCUCCGCGGUAGCAUGACAUUGUUCGCGGUCAUCACCAUCAUCCUGGGAUGCUUUAAAAUUGGCUACUUCGUUGGAUUCUCUGAAUGUUUAUCAGCCACUGAAGGCGUCUUCCCUGUCACACACGCAGCACAUACUCUGGUCCAGGUGUAUUUUCUUUGGGGGCAUGCCAAGGAUAUCAUCCAGUCUUUCAAAACCCUGGAAAGGUUUGGGGUCAUCCACUCAGUGUUCACUAACCUGCUUCUGUGGACCAAUGGUGUCCUGAAUGAGUCAAAGCACCAACUUAAUGAACAUAAGGAACGUCUCAUCACGCUGGGCUUUGGGAACGUCACAAUAGUCUUGGACGACCACACGCCGCCGUGUAACUGCUCGCUCCCGACGCUCUGCUCGGCCAUCUCGCACGGGAUCUACUACCUCUAUCCCUUCAACAUAGAGUAUCAGAUCCUGGCUUCCAUGAUGCUCUACGUCCUGUGGAAAAACAUCGGACGCAAAGUGGACAGCCACCAGCGUCAGAGCGUGCGGUUCAAGUUCCGCGGGGUCGUGGCAGGCUCGGUCCUGGGCCUGAGCGUGCUGGCCGCCACGAUCGGGGUCGUGGGGGUGUAUCUGAUUCAGAUCGGGCGCUCCAAAUCCAAGAGCGAGUCGGCGCUCAUCAUGUUCUACCUGUAUGCCAUCGCCUUGCUGAUACUCAUGGGGGCCGCCGGGCUGCUUGGCAUCCGGAUUUACAGGAUAGACCCGAAAUCGCUGGAUGAGUCCAGAAGCCCGGCCCGCAAACUGGAUGCCGACCUCUUGGUGGGCACCGCCUCCAGCUCCUCGCUCAUCUCCUGGGGUUCCAUCUUGGCCGUGCUCUGUGCCGAAGCCUGCCCCCCCUACACCUGGUUCAACCUGCCCUACUCCGUCCUGAUGAUUGUUGAGAAAUACGUCCAGAACCUCUUCAUCAUUGAGUCUAUCCACCGAGAGCCGGAGACGCUGUCGGAGGACAUCAGAACCCUGCGAAUGGUCACCGUCUGCAGCGGCAAUGCCACUCCCCUCUCCUCUUCCGGCCUCGGGAACGGGGCUGUGGCCGGGGACGCGGCUUCCCCAGGCGGCGAGAUGCUCCGCGCGGCCAACGGAAACACGGGUCUGAGAGAAGGCUGUGGCGGAGAGGGGGGCGAGGGGAGCCGGGAAGGGACCCCGGGCCCCGCCUGCCGCCCCGGUUUCUUGCAGGGCGACGGCAAGAGAAGCGUCUUGAGGAACAUCGCAGCCUUUCUGUUCCUCUGCAAUAUUUCGCUUUGGGUCCCUCCUGCCUUCGGCUGCCGCCCCGAGUACGACAACGGAUUAGAGGAGAUCGUCUUUGGCUUUGAACCCUGGAUCGUUGUGGUCAACCUGGCCAUGCCUUUUUCUAUUUUCUACCGAAUGCACGCAGCUGCCUCUCUCUUUGAGGUCUAUUGUAAGAUAUAGUCUGUGUCCACAUCCAAGCCCGAGGAGUGACCUAACAAGAGAACUCACUGGAGCCACCUGCGAAUGGCCAGGUUGGGCAAAUAUCGCCUGACAAAUGCACGGAGGGUUGUCUUUGCGGCAAUUAUUUCCCGUGAGCUGGAAUUGUCUAUCACCCUGGAUGAAUGUGAGCGCGUUAGAUCAACAUCGAUGAGGCAGCUGAGAUCUGGUCUCGGGUAGUGAAUUCUCACCAAACUCAAAUUCUUUUAUCUCCUUUUAUUUUUUUUUGAGAGAGAGAGGGAACACGAGCGGUAGAGGGAGAGGGAAUCUUUAGCAGGUUCCGUGCCCAGUGCAGAGCCCGACUUGGAGCCCGACGCGGGGCUCGAGUCCCUGACCGCGAGAUCAUGACCUGAGCUGAAAUCAAGGAGUCUGCCGCUUAACCCACUGAGCCACCCAGCGCCCCUUCUCUCCUUUUAAAUGGGAUCCUCUGUUUUUUUUUUAGAAGAAUGUGAUCCCAGGUUGGGGGGAAAAACACAUUAUGCGGUUUGUUUCUCAUAACAAUUGUUUUCUAUCAUCACGUUACUGCCUACAGCUCUUCUGACCGGCUGCGUAGUACAAUCCUCCUGACGUUUUAUCCCUCCCAGAGCUGAUAAAUGCCGGUACAAUCGCACUUAGUUUAUAUUGUACUUUCUGAAUAUGUUUAAUUUUUUGAACAAAGUUAUGUUUUUCAUCUGGAUGGAAAUUAGUGUGCGGAUCAAUACGGAGACCUAUUUCUUCCUGGAAACUUCGGCACAUUUUUGUGAUCAUUUUAUUUUUAAAAAGAAAUUUUACUAUUCUCUCUCACCGUAAAUACAUACAUGCCUAUUACAGAAAACGUGGACAUUUUGGAAGAGUAGAGAGAAAACAUCACUUAGGACACUACUGUUGGGUUGACGAUCACUUUAACACCCUGUUUUAUUUCCCAGAGGUGAAAUGAGAUUCACGGCGUUCUUUUCAUUGUCAUUAUUAUGCUUGCCACUGGUGAUCUGAUCUGACAUGUCCAAUUUUGUAUCCAUUUCCCCCCCACUUAACAAUAGAGCAUGAACCUUUCCUCCACUUGGUUUUCAAGGCUUUGUAAAUAUCAUUUUGCUACUGUGUUAAAGUUCAUCAGAUGCAUGUGCCAUAGUCUUCCUAUUGUCAGCGUUAGAGUGUUUAUCCUGGUGGGUUUUUUUAAGGGCUUCUGCAAAAAUCCACUAUCUUUGUAAAGCAUUUCCCAUAUAUCAUAAUUGCUUCUUUACGAUAUACUUAAAAUCUGGCUGUCUAUUCCAAAGGUUGUAAAUAUUUUAAAGCCUCUUAAGAAAUAAUGACGUUUGGAAGGCCUUUUUAUGUGCUUUGCCAUAAUUAUUUUAAGAUCAUAAUAAAAUUAGCUUAUUUCC